UGCAUAUUAAAAUCUGCUUCCGAAAUACCAUUUUACAAAGAACAUAAAUAAAGACGGUUUUAGAAUCCUGAAAGCUGGAACAUUUUUUUUAAAUGCUGAAAUGAUUUUCGAAUUUCUUUUCUUUAACUAGGAUUGUUUAAACCGUCUAGGAUGAGAAAGCUCUGAAGUCAAAGAAAUGCGUUGCUUUCUUUUCCUUGUGGUGCAUAAAGGAGUCAACAUUUCUGCUAAAGCGAUGGCUUCUCUCCUCAGCCAUCUUCUGGCAACUGCCAUUUUAUCAAUGGCCUUUCUGCACCAGUCUUCUACAGGAAAAUCAAUCCCUAGUAAUACAGAUGAGAGGUAUUCUGUCGACGUAGAGCUUCCUGAGAAUCCAUUCUUGGAUCCGAAUAGCUGGAGGUUCGAUCCCGAUGCUUCAGGGGAGGACUACUUCCCAUCAAGAAAUUCCGCCCCUUUGACGUCCGGCGAUGCGACUUUCAUCCUCGAUUGGCCUUCGGAUCCCGAUGCCUCUUAUGAACGUUAGGGAUGUCCUCUGUUUUGUAAAAUCAGUUCCAGAAAGGCACUUUCGGCGAUGUCCCUUUUUUAAGUUCGGCGUUAUUAUAUAGUCAAUGCCGUUUUCUGCAUUCUGUAUAAAAAUGCUGUAUAAAUUAUUCCUUCAUAAACAUUGUAAAAUUUUAAGGUGCCAUGCUGAUGCAUUAAAUUAGAUUUUGCAAUAAAGAUUUUUUUUUAAUCUCUUGGAAUAUA